AUGUUCCAGGCGGCGGCCGGCAAGAAGAAGAAGAAUCGUCGCAUGCAUUCCCGAGAUGAUCCGAACGAGGAGGCCAGCGGCUGGCAGGAAUACAGUAAGAGCAGCCGUCAGUGGGUGAAUUUGGGUACGGCAAUUAACCCUAUGGCCGAAGACGAGGACGAGGAGAUGUUGCUGGGUCACGGCGAGGAAGAGCGGAUCGUGCGACCACCUGGGGCGCCAGGAAACGAAGAUGAUGAGAUGCUGCUUGGUUACGAGGAGUUGUCGACCAUUUGGAUAUGGGCACGAUGA